AUGAAGCCCAUCACUUGGUCUUUGCCCUUGGCUGCCGCUGGCUUGGCAUCUUUCGCUGUUGCCGACUGGCAGUACCAUUCCCGCCCUGACCUCGCAGUCCCGAGACUCAACAUCACAGUCCCUGCUGAUCGAGACUCAGUAGAAAAGGGAUACAUCUUCGUCACCCCGUACGAAGGAUUCGCCAACGGCCACAAAGGUCCUGUGCAGCCUGGCGCCUACAUAUUCCGUGAUAAUGGUGAAUUGGUUUGGUCUGGCCUCGGUUACCACUCAGGAUGGGUCGCCAACUUUGUCCCUGACACCUGGAAGGGUGAGCCAUAUUUGCGCGCGUUCCAGGGCAAUUUGGACGGUACUCAUGGUCGCAUGUAUGGCUAUCAUGUUCUCCUUGGGAGUGACUAUGAAGUGGCCAAGGUUGUCCGGGCCAAGUCUCAUAGGCUCACUUCAGCACACGAGUUCCGUCUUGUUGAUGGCAAGACGGCACUGAUUGAGAACCCGACACCUAGGGUUGUCUCUCUGAAGCCCUGGGGAGGUGAUGAGACGCAGAACUGGAUUGUUUCUGGCGGAUUUCAAGAGGUAGAUAUCGAAACUGGCGAUGUCCUGUUUGAAUGGCAAAGCCUUGACCACGUCGACCCAAAAUAUAGCGCGUUUCCUCUGGACUUUGGUACAGGUCUGCCUGGAUCUGGCCGGAAUGAAACUGAUGCCUGGAACUACUUCCACAUCAACAGCGUUGACAAGGAUGACGAGGGCAACUAUCUCUUGUCUGCCCGUAACAUCGCCGCCAUCUUCAAAAUCAACGGGACAAGCGGAGACAUCAUUUGGCAACUUGGCGGCUUCCACGGUGGGUCUUCGUUCCAAAUCUCACAGGAAGACCGCUUCUCAUUCCAACAUCAUGCGCGAUUCCGAGGCCGUUCUCCUGAUGGAAGUCUCGAGUUCAUUUCACUUUUCGACAACGGGGCUCAUUCAGCUCCUUUUAAGACCCAUCCGUUCUCCAGAGCCAGAUACUUUCAGCUCGAUCUCAAUAAGGGCACCGCAAGGGCACUUAAGACGUUUGAUGCACCUGACGGUUUGUCUGCCCACACUCAAGGCAGCGUCCAGAUCCUCCCUAACAAGAACUUCUUCGUCAACUGGGGCCAGGCCGGCGCUGUAACAGAAUUCAAUCAGGACGGCAAGGUCUUGUUCCACAGUUACCUGGAUUCUGCACCCGAGGGAAUCUUUGUCCAAAGUUACCGAGGUUUCCGAGCCAACUGGACUGGAACUCCAAGCGAAGAACCAGCUGUUGCUGCAUUCAAACGAAGUAAACAGACUGGCUUGGAUGUGUAUGCUUCUUGGAACGGAGACACUGAGGCAGCAUCAUGGCGCUUCUACGCACGGUCUUUCGAACAGUCGCAAGACCAGCUCCUGGGGGAGUUUGAGCGCAAGGGUUUUGAAACUCAUGCUGAGCUUCGGGACUUUUCAGUCAGCGGAGAUCUGCUUGUUACUGCUGAGGCAAUAGAUGCGAAUGGCAAGGUUCUGACUCGCACGAAACCUGUCGUUGCCCAAGCUAAGGUGAAGGCGUCCGCUCCAGAGCAGUUUGACCGAAUCUUUGAUCCAGAGGACCUCUAA